AUGGCUGGGAACCUGAAGAAAGGCGGGGGGAUCAUCGGAAUGAUGAAGGAUGCCUUCCAGCCACACCAUCACCACCUCCACUCCCAUCACCAGCCCGGGGCCGUGGACAAAAAGACGGUGGAGAAAUGCUGGAAACUAAUGGACAAGGUGGUGCGGCUAUGCCAAAACCCCAAACUGGCUCUGAAGAACAGCCCUCCCUACAUCCUGGACCUGCUGCCAGACACCUACCAGCACCUGCGCACCAUUUUGUCUCGUUACGAGGGCAAAAUGGAGACUUUGGGUGACAAUGAGUAUUUCCGGGUCUUCAUGGAGAACCUGACAAAGAAGACCAAGCAGACCAUUAGCUUGUUCAAGGAGGGCAAGGAACGCAUGUAUGAGGAGAAUUCACAACCAAGGAGGAAUCUUACCAAGCUGUCUUUGAUCUUCAGCCACAUGCUGGCUGAGCUGAAGGCCAUCUUCCCCAAUGGUCUGUUUCAGGGUGACAACUUCCGCAUCACUAAGGCAGAUGCUGCAGAGUUUUGGAGACGCGCCUUCGGGGAUAAAACCAUUGUGCCUUGGAAGGUAUUCCGUCAGUCUCUCCAUGAGUUUCAUCCCAUCAGCUCUGGGCUGGAAGCUAUGGCCCUAAAGUCCACCAUAGAUCUAACCUGCAAUGACUACAUCUCCGUCUUUGAGUUUGACAUAUUCACCAGGCUAUUUCAGCCUUGGUCAUCCCUGCUGCGGAACUGGAACAGCUUGGCAGUUACUCACCCGGGGUACAUGGCCUUCCUCACCUACGAUGAGGUCAAAGCUCGGCUUCAAAAGUUCAUUCACAAGCCUGGCAGUUACAUCUUCCGAUUGAGCUGCACAAGACUGGGCCAGUGGGCUAUUGGCUACGUGACUGCAGAUGGAAAUAUACUCCAGACCAUUCCCCAUAAUAAACCCCUCUUCCAGGCUCUCAUUGAUGGUUUCAGGGAAGGAUUCUAUUUAUUCCCUGAUGGCCGGACUCAAAAUCCUGACCUGACAGGACUGUGCGAGCCUUCGCCUCAAGACCAUAUCAAAGUCACCCAGGAACAAUAUGAGCUGUACUGUGAGAUGGGCUCCACUUUCCAGCUUUGUAAGAUCUGUGCCGAGAACGACAAGGAUGUGAAGAUUGAGCCCUGUGGUCAUCUCAUGUGCACUUCCUGUCUCACUGCCUGGCAGGAGUCAGAAGGUCAGGGAACAGGAUGUCCCUUUUGUCGCUGUGAGAUUAAGGGUACGGAGCCGAUAGUUGUGGAUCCUUUUGACCCAAAGGACAACAGCGGAGGGUCUUCCAAGAACACAUUUGGGGCUGAGGGUGCACCCUCACCCAGCUACGACGAUGAUGACGAUGACAGACUUGAAGACCCUCAUCUAAUAAUGAGCAAACUUGCCUGCACAAAGGUGGAGCGUCCCCCAUCACCUAUGUCUGGGACUCCUCAGUCCUCUCUUCCCCCAGUGCCUCCCAGACUAGACCUAUUACCGCAGAGACCUCCCAACCCCCCUGGUGCCUCCAGCCCUGGAGUCAGCAGUAAGGCACCAUCUCAUCACAAAGACAAGCCUCUUCCCCUUCCCCCAGCACUCCGUGAUCUCCCCCCUCCCCCUCCUCCAGACCGCCCCCACACAGCCGGGGCAGCCCCUGAUGGACGGCUUCAGAGGCGGCCCUUGCCCAGCACACCCGGGGAGCCCCCUCGCGAUAAACUCCCUCCUACACCCCCAAACCGGCCCCUGUCUGACUGGACCUCCAGGCCGGUUCCCAAGGCUCCCACCUCCUCUUCGGUAUCCUCUUCGUCCACCCAAUUCCCCUGUCUGGGCGGGGACCUCCGAGCAGGUGUCAGGGAACUCUCCAACAGGCACUCCCUCCCCUUGGCACUGCCCUCCGCCAUGGACGCUCGCUCAGACUCCCAGAACAACAGCUCCCUCAGUCUGGACCACCAGCUGAAUUUUUCCACGGGAGUUGGUCAAGAUUACGACAACCCCAGAGUCAAACCUUCUGUCUCAGCCAACGCCAUUUAUGCACUGGCAAACAGAGCGUCCCCAGCUACAGCCAGGCCAGCAGGAGGAGAUGAAGGACAUGACAGUGACGAUGAGUACAUGAUCCCCUCUUCUCGGCCCGUUCUGCCCCCCAUCCCGACUCCACUCAUGGGGGAGACCCCACCAAUCCCAAGACCCCCACAGCCCGUGUCAGCAGUCCCGACACAGACCCAGGCCUCUGCACUGAACACACGGCUGAUUCUGGACGAUGUACCUCAUUCACUCCAAAUGUAUGAAGCCAUGUUCAACGCCCAGCCCAGGUCACAACAAGCGAGAGAUUCAGACUAUUCAGAUUUGCCUCCUCAACCAGUGAGUAACGGUCCCAGAGACCAUGAGGCUGACGACGGGGAAGAGGAGGAGAACGGCUACGAUUUCCCAAAACCCCGACUGCCUUUGCCUCCAGCCCGACGGACCCUUUCAGAAAUGGGGGGGUCUUUGUCUUCAUCUUCUUCAUCCUCCUCAUUAUGUGCUGCAGCAGCUUUCAAUCGUCUUUCUCUAGAUGCGGAUGCUGGAGCGACAGCGCCCUUCCCAGAUCCAAUGGAGGCACCAGAGAGACCUCCAAAGCCCCUUCCCAGACGAAUCAAUUCCGAGCGUCGGGCCAGCCCAGUUCCCCCCACUCCACUCGGCGGCGGGGCAACAGGAGGAGAAGCCAACCCACAAAUCAGUAGCGAGAUCGAGCACCUAAUGAGUCAGGGAUACACUCAGCACGACAUCCAGAAAGCACUGAUGAUUGCACAGAACAAUAUCGAGAUGGCCAAGAACAUCCUGCGCGAAUUUGUCUCCAUUCCCUCUACCGCGCACAUUCUCACAUAGCACAUCCUCCCGCCUCUCUCCUGUUUGCUCUCUUUUGCCUAGCUUGGCCCAGCCUGGUUUGGUUUAGGCUGGCAUAGACCAGCCCGAAACCCAAAGCCACUGCCUGCAGCACUAGCUCCAGUGCUGGCUGACACCCUACGCCCCUGUGGAUUUUUAACUGGCUGUUACUUCAGCAAGCUCGCAGUGUCUCGGGACUCUCGCCCUGCACUCCACACGCUUUCACAGUGUCUGGCCUUCUUUGAACUGCUGCAGCCGGCCUCUUAGUUUUCAACAACAUCUCCGCAGGACUCAUCCCGUGCGGAGCAACGACAAAUAAUGGAACGCCGUAUAAUUGCAAGGCUUCUGUAGGAAUCUCGGAGAGAUGGAUUCUUAUCCUUUCAUUUUGAAGCCUCUUGCUGAAAAUGUAACCAACACCUCACAAAGAAAACUAAAAUGUAUGUCUAUAAUGAAAAUUUAAUAUAUGAGUAAAUAUAUAUUAAAUGUGUGUAAUAUAUACAGUACGUGCAUAUAUAGUAUGUGAAAAUGAUCGCAGCUUUGAGGGUCACGGUUGGUACAGGCGAAAAAAGGGCAGAUGGGACCAGGUUAAAGAGUCGGUUGGGAGAUUUCUGUAACGGGGUGAGGACGAGUCGGGGUGUCUUCCUCACCCGUGUUUGUUGGUCAGCAGCAGUUUGGGGGGGGGGAAAGAAAGGAGAAAAAAAAAAAAAACAUGCCGCAGAGCUUCUUUAUUUGGAAUUCAGUCUGUUAUGGCCUUCGAUUAACUGUUGCUUUGGUACUUUUUUUGUUUUAGAAACUGUGCUUGUUUUGUCAUGUUGUUGUUGUUGUUUUGUUUUGUUUUCAAAGUAGCAUGAAGAUAGUUUCAGGUCUGGACUGUUGCUGGGUGUGUGUGUGUGUGUGUGUGUGUGGGUGUGUGUGUGUGUGUGUGUGUGUGUGUGUGUGUGUGCGCGCGCGCCUGCCAGACCUACACCUCAUGGCCUGCUCUUAAAACGAACCCCUGUUCCUGUACAACAUGAAUGUGGAAUUACACUCGGUGUACUCAAGACUCGUGCUCUGUAAACGUACUACUGCUCGAACUUGUGUGUCAGGGCCUAGUGUAGCUGUAGAGCCUGGCAGUGAGAUUAGAGGACGUACUAAUGUUGACGCCCCUGCAGUAACAGACAGGCUAGUGUUGCGAGAUCCGUGGCGGCUGAAUGCUUUUUUUUUUUUUUUUUUUUAAUCAUUAUUAUUAUUAUUUUUGACUAACUUCUUAGGCUGACUGGUUCAGAUUUCUAUCUCCAGCUCAGUCCGGUGUUACAAAAACAACAACAAAAAAAGUCAUUGAUUUUACUUUGAUAAUAUAUUAUUGUAAUAUGAUCAUAAAUAUUGUUAUUAUAAUUAAUUCAGAAGUGCUUCACUGCUGCUACUGUUGUUAGUGCUAAACAAUUAAGACUUCAAUGAACAAUUGUGAAUAUUGUGUUUAACCGUCAUUCUGCUUCUUUAAAGUGACAGUAUCAUGUGUUUCUCUAGUCUGUAAUGUAGCAUACUUGAAAGUACAAGCGACUUGUGAGCAUGCAGCUCUAUCAGGUCGCAAAUCUUCAGUGUUUUUCUUUUUUCUUAACGUAUAUAUAAAUAUAAAAUAUACUCUCUGUAAGUAGAAUCUGUAGAGGAACAGUAAUAUCACAAGCAAAAUGUUCUGGGAUUGGAAACCAGACGUUUUGCAACAGAUUCAAGCUUCUUUUUCACAUCGGUUUCCUUCCUCUGUAGGAGUUCGUCCUGCUGAAAGGGAGCGACUGCCGAGGCUUUUUAAUCGUAGGCUCAUGGGUUUGUUGACACACCCCUCCAAGUCUACAGAAAAUCAGUGUUUGGGCCGACUGUAAGAGCUAACUCAGGAAUAAUAAUGUAUGUCUGAACAAGUGGUGUUCACCCUGUCUGUCAAAAAAAAAAAAAAAAAAAAAAAAAAAACCCA